GUCGUGAGGUAGCGAAAGGGAGUCACGAGUACCACUCUUGACUCAAACUAGGCUCCUGAUGACUCAAGACUCACGACUUUAAUUUCUGCCGAGAAGUAUUCGCGUGCAUCCAUCGACGUUUCCUCCAGCUUCUCACCUACCCGUACUGACCUACGAGCUUGCCACUCAGCUUCAAGCCUAGAGCUGCCCCCGCAACGCUGUCCUGUCAAGCGCUCGGCUUGGGCGUCUCUGUGGCGCGAUUCAGAGGGGAUUGGAGAGCUGCGAGGUCUUCUCUGUACGAGUCGCACCAGUCUAUGAUCAGGACCCACAUCGCUAGCAUUCGCAUUGUGGUGCUGUAGAGAGGCAGCUUCACUGGAUGCCACAAUCUAGAGUUCCCAGCGCAGCCAGAAUGAUUCACGAGCAUCCGCGGAAGAGGCGAGCGGUGCACACACCCUCACCUUCACCCUCUCAAGCUCAAUCAGCGGCACCAUCCAAUAGUGUCCACUCAUGUGGCGCCCCGAUAGACCAUCUGUCAGACGAGCUACUUCUUCGGAUCCUCCACUACCUCGACGCCGCCAGCUUAACGAAAUUUGGAGCUUCUAAUCGACGCCACUGGGGCAUUGCUGGAGAUGCUCUGCUAUGGAAAGCCCUCUACUCGGCUGUGUUCAGCGCCGGACCGACGCUGUUACAUCCACCGGAUGAACGGUUGGUAUCCGACCGCAGUUCUUUGCCCGUGUCUUACGAAGGCGGAGCUGGAUUCUGCGCCAGCCCAAGACAUGAUUGGAGAAAAGCCUUCUUGUCGGAGAGAAACUGGAGAGUGGGAAGGUUCAGCGUUAGUAACCUCCACACACCUCCAGCGGUCCGGGCGACACCUCAAAGGCACGCCAUUGGUGUCGCGGGCUCAUCCUCCAGGUCGACAACAGCGGCCGAGGUGGACACCGAACGGAUUGAUGUGGCAAGGCGUGUCGAAGAGCAUCCACGGCCCCCCAUUCGUCGCAGUCAAGCGCGACCGCUGACACUGGUAGUGACGACGCCCACAUUCAUCCUCACGGCCUCAAGAGCGCGAGAGGUGAGGGUCGAUCAAAUGUACCCUCCAGUCCACGUUUGGGAUUCCACAAGCGAUGCAGCGGCACGGCGUGUUCGAGGGGUGCUCCAAGCCAGCACACAUACACCUAGACCGGCUCUCACAUCGUCGGGAAUGCCAACCACUGCAGGGCAGAUUGGCGUCCACGAUCUGCAGGUGGACAGUUCCGAUCCGAAACGAAUUGCAGUUGUCUAUUCGGAUGGCGUAGCAGUGAUGUACAGGAUCGAUGGUGCGGAUGGCGAAGGCAUCUCAUACUCGGAGCAGCAACGUGUCCAGGUUGGCAAGGAUGUGUCUGCGUGCUCGUUUGCAGGACCACUGCUGGUAACCUGUACACACGACUUCACCAUCGACAUUUGGUCGGAGGACCAAGCGCAUACAUCCCCUGACGGCUGCACUCAGCAGGAGAUGCAGCUGAUCAAGCGAUUCGAUGCUUUUGGAGCGCACUGGCCAGCCUGCUUGACCCUGAGUCCUCUUUCGUCGAUAUCUACGUAUGGUGCAGUCACGUCAGGCCAAGACAAAGAAAGUGUGACGUACAGACUGUCGGUCGCAUACACUGCUCAUCUGUAUCCCAAGCGCCUCAGCGUUGGUUUGCAAGAAGUGGAUAUUGCACUCCACAGACCUGGCAAUUGGCCGAGUUCGCGAGGCUCGUCAAGACACGAUGCAGCCAGUGGCUCCUCGAAUACGGCUCGGAACACUUUCGAGUCACGAGUGGCCGGCGCGCCAGCAGCCAGUCUUAUGAAUACAAGCAGCUUCUUCAACCCUCUCAUGAACAGCAAAUGCUCGAAGGUCGCCAAGGCUGCUGCCAAGCUGCCAUGGAACGAUGGCAGGAACGGCCUACCAGCUUUCCUAGGUCUUCGAAAGCGCAAGCACGCCCAGAUAGACGAGCACGCGGCGCAGCAUUCGAAAUUACCGGUUGAUGCUCGAUACGCUGAACACGGCGAAGGUUGCUUGGCAUCCAGUCGGCCUGAAACCAUGUCGCACGACACAAAGACCGGAUUAAUUGUUGUUGGUCGCAGCGACAAUAUCAUGGAUGUGUACAAAGUCUUCCGGCCGGGACAAGAGCAGGGCGAAUCUCGAUCCACCAUCCGAUCGCCGUCUCUUGCUCACCGAGCACGUCUGUGGUCCUCCACAAGUGUUCGCAGCGUGGCGCUCGAGGGAGGUCGAUGUGUCAGCGCCGGAUCAGAUGGAGCGUUGAGCGUUUGGAGUGUUGGCGACCUGGAUGGCGACGUCCAGUCUGGCGAUCUCGACGUUGAGCAUGGACCUCGAUUGAUAGGCACGCUCGAUCCCUCCGAAGCUCAACGCGCGUUCGGUUCUGAGAGUGACCGGCGCACACCCCACACUCAGCCCAGCAUAUCUGUGGAGCAUGCACGCGAUGCCGAAAAGGAGCGUUUGGCGGCAGCAGGACCUUCUGGUCGAGGAGGCGGAGCGCUUGCGAAGCUGCGGAACAUGGCACACGUCGUCACGCUGCGCUCUCAAUCGCGUGGCAAACUCAAUGAAUCGCAAGACGCUCCAAACACGGUCUCAGAGAACACUGCGAGCACUUCUGAUUCUCACCUGAGACCGGACUGCCCGUUUGUCUCCACGAAUGGACCCGGCCACGCUACACCGAUGACGCUUCCGCAGCUCUGGAGCAGUGUAGCAAGUACCUCUCAUCUCCAAGGCCACGCACAGAAUCCUGCUCAGGAUGUGGAGGGGCGGGAAAUGACCAUGGAUGCCCGCUUGACUACCGACCGAGACCUUGCGGAGCGUCCUUUCGGCGACCCUUCCGCCACACACGGCGGCCACCGAACCGUCGCCAAUGCGUCGACAGCAAGCUGGGUUUCCACUGCGUUCGAUCGAAUCGUCAGCAUCGAGUCAGUUCGCUCCGCUCCUCUUCCUCUACGUGCGUCUUCUCGUGCCGCCACAAAUUGCAGAGCCUUAGGCACCACGGACGACGGCACUACACAAGAGACGGUGGCGAUCUAUACUUUUACAUAGACAUCAAUGGAGCUUGCGCCCAACCGGCGCUUGACUGGUUGCUGAUAGUGGCACUUGGUGCAGUCUCUCGUUGACCGUGGAUGGAAACCAAGCCCGUCGUCAUGCAAAUCAAACUUUUGCAAACCCAAUGAUGCUCCAAAGAGAUACGCCUCGCACAAGCAACUCCAGUGUUAGAGCACUGGCUCGCGCGCGUGCUUCACUGGUCUUCUCAGACUUGGAUGUCCAUCCCAUCUGUGGCAAAUUGAAAGGAGCUCAGCGAUGGCGCAUUGGGUGCCAUCGAUAGCGUGCAGUGCCUCCCGAAUUCAAUCGAUCAUUGCACUCCCUCCACAAGCGCGCCGGCCAACACCUUGCCGAUUCGACACCGAAUGAUGACGCUGUUUUGAUCGA